GUGAACGAGUAAAAGGGAAGAGAUGCGGUGCGAACAGUCCGUGCCGUCUCUCGAGCGGCUCGGGCUACGCUCUCCGCGACGAGCUCCCACUACUGCCCGCCUUCCCCCCCUCGACCUCUCCGUUCCCCUUUAUCUCUCUGUCGCGUCGUUCCUGUGGAGAUUUUAGGGUUAAGGCUCCUCCUCGAUCCGCUGACGCACUUCUUGCUGAUCGAUUCCCCGCGGAUGGGGCCCCGCGCCAACGAGCGGGAUUUCGUGAUCAAGGUAAAGUGUGGUGAAACACUCAAAUGGUUUAGUACCUGCAUCUAUGGAGACAUGAUAGACCACAACAUGACUAGACUGAGAAAGAAGAUUAUCAACCUUUUCAAGCUCAGUCCAGAAGCUGAUUUUGUUCAUAUCUAUAUUGAUGUAGAUGGUGACAUUGUAGCACUAGAUGAUGAUGAUGAGUUGCAUGAAACUGCAAUUAAUCAACCCUUGAAUCCUCUUAGGAUCAGUGUUUUGUUGAGAUCAAAUGCUAGUGAUGGGCAUGACCUGAAACAUGAGAACAUGAGCUCUGCAAUUGCAGUGCCACCACAAGUAGAUAAGCAGCCAUUUGAAUUUAGUUCUGUUAUUAAUGAAGCAUUCAGAUCUGUCCCUGAACAAUUUUGUACCGUACUUUCCAACAUCUCUCAUGAUUUCCUUUCAAAGGCUGCAUCAUCUGCACCAGCAAUAGCUGAUGUUCUAGACCACUUUUCCAAGUUAGAAAUACCGAGUUGUAGUCAGACUGUCAACAGCUCAACUGGUGAAUCAUCAGGAACACCUACUCAGUUGACAAGUCAGCCAAAGAAUCAUAACAUCAGCAGGAACCAUAAUUUCCAAGUACCUCUGCUCCAGUAUCAACAAUUCUGAUCCAGUUUCAGAGAACCUGCAUGAGCAUGAGUGUGGUAAUGGAAAUCAGGUUGGUAUAGUUAAGACUCGUACCUCUCAUGAUUUUAACAAAUAUAGUUCUCAUUUUCCAACAUUUGAGCAAGCAUCUGGGCACCCUGACAUCAUUUUGAUUACCAAUGAGUUCUCACUUCUCUGAUCAUCAAAAGGAAAGUGGUAGUUUUGGUUGUAAUGGAAAAUCUGUUAUGGCUGCUAACUCCAUUGUGCCGUGUGAGCAGAUUGCAGAACAAAAUAAUGAAACAUUUAAUCCUUCUCCUUCCCCGACUAAUGUGCAUGGAUUUAUUGGCAUGGUGGCUGGUGACAACAGUAAACAACCUCCAACUGGUGCAGCCCCUUCGAGAGCACUAACUGACUUUAGUUUCUAGGGAGGCAAGCAGCAUGGCACUACAGCUACAGCUGAUCUUCCUUCUCCAAAUGGCUUGCACUCCGUUGGCCAUUCUAACCAGAGGGAUGAUGUAUAUAAUGAUAAUGGCCAUCCUUUUCACAGGGGAAUUAGAUGUGAUGGCUGUGGAAUGUACCCAAUCAUUGGUCCAUGAUUCAGAUCUCUAAUGUGAAGGAAGACUAUGAUUUAUGUACCGUUUGUUUCUCUAAGACGAGUAAAGAAGCUGACUUUACCAGGAUUGACAUGGUUCAUUUAUCUCAUAAUACAGCAUAGUCUAAUCGUCUAUUUACUUAAUUUAAUUUCAUAAUAUAAGAUGCGCUAACUGCUUCUGCAUUCUUAAUUCCAGCAUUCUAGACAUCGGAUCUCCUCACCUCAUUUACAUGGUUUUGGUGUGAGGCGUUCAAGACCAAAAUUAGAAAGUUGCUUUAUCAGAAUAUAACUGUGUUAGAUGGAACCUUGAUGCCUCCUUCGACUUGUUUUACUAAGAUAUGGCGGAUGCAAAAUAAUGAUUCCUGUUGAUGGAAUUUCUGUGAACAAGGAAGUUGAUGUUGCAGUUGAUCUCACCUCACCGGCAGUGCCUUGCCUGGUAGGUAUUUUUCAUAUUGGAGAUUGGUGUCACCUUUUGGUCAAAUGCUUGGACAACGAGUUUGGGUUCAUAUUGAGAUGGAUAUCUCUCAACCAAACUCUGCUACUGGAGGUCUCAAUCCUGAUUUGAAUUUGCCACCUGAAAACACUAGUCGAGGUUGGCUUGGAACAAUAGAUGCUGAACCCUUUCAUAAUGUUGCUCCUAAACCCAUUUCCAGCAACACUUCAGGUGAACUGGUUAAGCCAUUUGUCAAUCAAAUCCCAAAUAGAUGGUUGUCAUCCUCUUACCAUUAAAGGAACCGCACAGCCUGCAUCUAUGGUGCUUCCUCCUGUAUCAUAUCCUAACAUUAAUUCGACAGUGUCCGAAUGGGUUUCUCAGAGAGGGCGAGGAACAAGGAACCACUAAUAAAAAGCGGUGGCAGCGUUAAGCAAGUUUAAUGGGAUCUUCUUGUUGGAGACAAAGCUUCUUAUUUCCAAACAAAUCUGUAAAUAAUUAUGUACAACCACGUGAUGAUGAUACUGUUUCUUCCCUGGAUAGAUUUUUUACUGUUUUUUGCUUCAGUACUACACUGGCCGCAACUUAUGUAUUAUCUGCAAUAAUAUUUUGGAGCAUUAAACAGAUCCUUUAUCUUUCUUUUGCA